GUCGAAUGAAGGCGCGGAUGCCGAAAUUUAGCGCCAAGAGACGAAGAUGGACGUACGGAGGCUGAAAACAAAAGUUUCUGCUGGUUUCAAGAUGCGCGGAUUAAUGCUCCGACCUGAAGCCAGCAGAUAUCUGGUGGAGGUUUUGGAGUCUGUCAGCGAGGUGGAACUGGAUGAUGUCAUUGAGCGGAUCUUGGACGCAGUUGAAAAACAACCUUUAAUCUCUAGCAUGAUCGAGCUCUCUGUAGCUGAGACAGCUGUACAAGACUGCAGUCAGUCUUGUGAUGAAACCAUAGACAAUGUUUUUAACAUUAUUGGAGCUUUCGACGUACCAAGAUAUAUCUACAGCACAGAAAGAAAGAAAUUUGUACCUAUCAACAUGACCAACCAUCCUGCACCUAGUCUAUGUGGCCAGGCCAAAGACAAGGCUGAGCUCUUCCGUGAACGAUAUACCAUCUUACAGCAGCGGACACACAGGCAUGAACUUUUCACUCCUCCUGUGAUUGGCUCAGCCCCAGAUGAAGGGAGGAAUAAAUUUCAGUUGAAGACUGUGGAGGCCCUUUUGGGAAGCACAGCCAAACUGGGUGAAGUUAUUGUACUUGGCAUGAUCACACAACUUAAAGAGGGCAAAUUUUUCCUUGAAGACCUGACUGGCUCUGUGCAGCUGAAUCUUUCCAAGGCACAGUUCCACAGCGGACUUUACACAGAAUCAUGCUUUGUCCUGGCUGAGGGAUGGUACGAGGACUCUGUCUUUUAUGUCAAUGCCUUUGGAUUCCCUCCAGUUGAGCCCUCCUCUACUACGAGGGCAUAUUAUGGUAAUGUGAACUUCUUCGGUGGCCCAUCCACCACUGCGGUCAAGGCCUCUGCCAAGCUGAAGCAGCUGGAGGAGGAGAAUGAAGAUGCAAUGUUUAUUAUCGUUUCUGACAUGUGGCUAGACAGUGUGGAGGUCCUGGAAAAGAUCCAGACCAUGUUUUCAGGCUAUUCAGCAAUGCCUCCCACCUGCUUCAUAUUCUGUGGGAACUUCUCCUCUGCCCCUUAUGGCAAAAAUCAGGUCAAGUCACUCAAAGAAUCUUUGAAAGCCCUUGCUGAUUUGAUUUGUGAACAUCCUAGCAUCCAUAACAGCAGUCGCUUUGUGUUUGUUCCUGGUCCUGAGGACCCUGGACCCAGCACUGUCCUACCCAGACCUCCCUUAGCUGAACAUAUCACAGAGGAGUUUAGACAGCGUGUUCCUUUCUCUGUGUUCACCACCAACCCAUGCAGAAUUCAGUACUGCAGUCAAGAGAUAGUCGUGAUCCGAGAGGACCUGGUCAACAAGAUGUGUAGGAACUGCGUAAGGCUCCCCAGCAGCAGUCUCGACAUUCCGAACCAUUUUGUGAAGACCAUCUUAUCUCAGGGUCAUCUGACUCCACUGCCCCUGUAUGUCAGCCCAGUGUACUGGGCAUACGACUAUGCCCUAAGGGUCUAUCCUGUACCUGAUGCCAUCAUUUUUGCUGAUAAAUAUGACCCCUUCAGCAUCUCUAACUCAGACUGUCUCUGCAUCAACCCGGGCUCUUUCCCAAGGAGUGGCUUUUCAUUCAAAGUGUACUACCCAUCAAACAGAUUGGUGGAGGACAGCAAAUUGCAGGGACUAUGAAGCCGAGACAACCAUGUGAUUGUGGGUUUAACACUGUAUAGUUAUAACAGACUGUUGUAAAUCUUCCAAUCUAUGUCAAGUGUUUCUACAAUAUGUGUACAUGUAAAAGGUUUCCCUAGUUUU